UCACUUAGACAUUCAUGUCCAGUGAAGCUACUCCCACAACAAUCACACAUUCAGUAAUUCACCAAUAAAUGUUAAAGUGAAGACGAGUGUCAAAUCUUCAGGAAGAGCUGAAAUCUGUAAAGACUGAGCUUAUAAAGAGGACAGAAAGAAGAUGAAAGAUCCAGAACCCUGCAGAAUCAAAGAUACUGAAGAACAAACGGAGUUGAUUGAAGAAAAUCAAGAUAAUGAAGAAUUGAGUGAAAUUGAUAUGAAUAAUCAUGUCAACACUGGAGAAAAACAUCUCAGUUGCUCUCAAACCGAACAGAAAACCAAACCGAAAGAUUCAAUGAAAAGAGGAGCCAAGAAAUCUUUCACCUGCCCUCAGUGUGGAAAGAGUUUCCCAUAUAGACACAAAAUUAAAGCUCACAUGAGAGCUCAUACUGGAGAGAAACUGUUCACUUGUGAUCAGUGCGGGAAGAGUUACACACAAUCAUCAAACCUUAAGGAUCACAUGAACGUCCACACUGGAGCGAAACCUUACAAGUGUUCACAAUGUGACAAGAGAUUCAGACGUUCAGCAGACUUGAAAAAACACAAUUUAGUCCACACAGGAAAGAAACUGCACAAAUGUGAUCAAUGCGGGAAGAGGUUUGCACUAAAACAACACUUUACCGCACAUGUGAGAGUUCAUACGGGAGAGAAACCGUACAAGUGUUUAUACUGUGACAAGAGAUUCAGUCAGUCUGGAAACCUGAAGACACACAAGAGGAUUCACACUGGAGAGAAACCGUAUCACUGCACUGAAUGUGGAAAGUGUUUCAGUCAUUCAGUUUCUCUACACAGUCAUACAAAAAACAAUCACAGCAAGUAGAUCAUCUUCAGACCCAGAACUUUCAGAUCCGAUACCGUGUCUUCACCAAAUGUGACAAAAUAAUGCAUCAAAGCAAUAAAAUAUCAUCUGGAUAAACCUGUCAAGUGACAUGACAAAGAAACAUUAGCUGAAG